AUGUCACUAAGUUGGCAUAUCAUUCUCGUCUUUGCCGCCCUUGUUGUGGCUCAGUCUCCAGUGACUGUCCACGAUGAUGCACACAACCUGACAUACAUAGGUUACACUGACCGCAAUGUGGACAACUUUCAAGGCAUCAGAUAUGGCAAAGAUACUUCGGGCAUGAGCCGGUUCAAACACCCUGAAGCAUUCGCCUAUCCGAAUGGAACCACUGUACAAGCAACCGCCGCAGGACCAUCCUGCCCACAAAAGACGUUGCAAUCCUUCGCCGGGCUGACUGUCAAUGAAGGCGUGUAUAACUUAUCUGAAGAUUGCUUGAACUUGAGGAUUGCAAGACCUUCGGGGGCGAAACAGAAUGCAAACCUGCCGGUCCUAGUGUGGAUUUACGGCGGUGGUGAUGAAUAUGGUUCCACCAAUUACUCACUAUAUGACCCAACUGCUCUGGUUAUGGGAGCCAAAAGCAAAGGGACUCCGGUCAUAUUCGCGGCUAUGAACUAUCGAAUGAACGUCUUUGGAUUCGGGAAUAGCCCUGCCCUUCGAGCGGAGAAAUCUCUCAACUCAGGUUUGCUGGAUCAGCGACUUGCACUCACGUGGAUCCAACAGAACAUUGCAGUCUUUGGAGGGAACCCUAAAGAGGUCACGCUGUUCGGUCAAAGCGAUGGUGGGACUGGGGUAGGGUUGCAAAUCACUGCUUAUGGCGGAAAAGGAUCAAUCCCUUUUCAGCGUGGGAUAAUGCAAUCAGGUUCACCAGCGGCAGAUCCAGGCGUCUCCGGCAAUUUCACGGUCACCAGCACCAGCACCGUCGCUCGUCUCGCAGGGUGUACAAGCACGAACAGCUCGAUGGCGUUGACCUGUCUUCGACAACUACCAAUGCCAGCGCUACUGCAAGCUGUGCUGCAAUACGAGAAUAUAACUGCCAACCAGACAUCUCAGGACAUCUUCUUUCCCACAAUAGAUGGCGAUUUCAUACCUCAAGCACCCUCGGCUCUGUUGCGAAAAGGCCUGUUUCACAAAAAUGUUUCCGUCAUCGCAGGAUGGAAUUAUAACGACGGUAGUAUAUUUGCGAGUCCUCUACUGAACACUUCCCAGGCGGUACAGGGUUAUCUAGCUGCCUCUUAUCCACACCUCAAUGCCACAACAAAGAAGACCCUGAUGUCUCUGUACCCUGUCAAAGACUUCCUGGCAACUGCGACUGCAGUACAAGCCUCGCCGUACUACCUUCAAGCGGCAGAAAUCUAUCGAGACGUGAAUUUUGCGUGCCCGGCAAUUGACGCCGCCCACCACAUCGCUCAAUACGGGGGGCAUAGUUACUUGUACGAGCUGAACGAGACCACGUUUGGCGCUCUGUUGCAACUUUCUGGCGCAGGAUUUGAAGGGGUAAUACAUGUUUCAGAUGUUCCCUUCGUUUUCAACAACGCCAAUAUCGGGUUGGGUAUCAAUGCGGCACAAGAGGUGGUUCAAACGAGAAUGUCAGGUAGCUGGGCACAUUUUGCGUCAACGGGCAAUCCGAGUGGCAAUGCUUCCAUCUCUUUGGCAGGUUGGGGACAAGCAUACAACAAGACCGAAGCAUCCGUGAAGGGACAAGCUGUACAAAAUGCGAGUGUGAGAGUCAUCGGCGGACCAAAUGCUGGGCAACACGAGUUCAAUAAGAGUAGUAGUGUCGGAAUUGAGUCUCAGUUGCUUGAGCGAUGCGCGUUCAUCAAUUCUGAGGGCUUCUAUGACCAGCUUCAAACAUAG